AUGAUGGCGACAGUGUGCCGCGUUGUGUGUGUGUUGGCCGCUGCUCUGUGCUGCACGGCCUUGUGCGUGGCUGCUGCUGCUGCUGCUGGUGAGAUACCUCACACCGAUGCGGAGAUGCCCACAGCUGAAAAAGGUGUAGAAAAGAGGAUUACUGAGAAAAAGGCGGAAGUGAAGAAAAGGCAGGGCAUGGUUGAUAGGGCGGUGAGAGGCGCUUUGGCCGCUGGAGAUGCUCAGGCUGCACUGCAGAUGGCGAAGGAAGCUCUGACGAAGGCCAAGCAGGAAGUGGAAGAGGCCAUUAAGAAUGCUGAAGCUGACGAAGGUAUGGCUAUGAGUUUUAUGGAUUCAGCUAAAGUGGUGGAAGCUGUGGUGAACUCACUGAAGGGACGCGUGGGACAAACCGUAAGCACGCCGACGGCUUCACCAGCAGGUACAAAGGGACCAAGUGCAGAAACUGUAAGUGCAAAUUUGAGUAGCAUCACAGAAUUACUGCCGAGGGCGAAAGGUGCAAAGGCAAAGGCUGGAACUGUACUGCAGAACGCCAAGGACGCAGUGUUGAAAGCAGAAGAGGCGCUAAAAUUGUUUGGUUGGGCGGAGGCGAAUGCAACAGAUGCGGAUCUGUACGUCAAGGAUGCAGUGGGGGCUGCAAAGGCAAGAGUGACGGCUGCCAGGACAUUGGCUGAUACUUGCCUUCUUCACGCGGAGAGGGCAUACAAUGCAUCGCUGGCGGUUGAGAAAUCAGUGACCGAGAUAAAUACAGCGGCGCAGGAGUCUAUCAGCGUGGCAAAAACACUUGAUAAAAACGGAAAUAAGGUAGAGGCAAAUGAAAAGCUGCGUGAUGCGUGGAAAAAAGCGAGGAAAGCUCAUAAAGACAUUUUUCUCUCAUUAUCGCUUUUCAGAGAUGUACAACACUUUGGUGUAGACGCCGCGGAGACUUCCGUGAAAGAAAUAUCCUCCAUUUUUGCUCAACUAGAGAGCGCGACAAGUACUCUGAAACAAAGUGGGACUUCGCGGUUAAGAGCUGACGCUGCGCUGAAGGAAGUAAUGCGGGCAUUGGAGCAGCUUCAGGGAGAGGCACAGAAGUUGGGCCUUCCGGAUGGUAAACAGAUUGAAGAGAAGCAGUCUAAACACGAUGCAGAAAAGAAGGAGAAGUCACACCCCUCCGCAACAGAUGCCAUCCCCGCCCAUGCGCCUGCGCCGAACAACAACAACGUUGCGGACGGCAACAGUCUUCUUGCCCUUAAGAAUGAUGGCAGCAGUAGCAGUGCAACGAGACUGUGCCAACCGCUGAUGCUCCUGCUGAUGGCAUAUGUGGCUCUGUGGUAA